GUCUUCCUCACGGACAUGACUGCCUGCAUCUUCAUACGGGGCGGGAAGAUCGACAGACAGCUGGCAGAUGAUGAGAUUGAAGAGCUGCGUGAGGCCUUUGAUGAGUUUGAUAAGGAUAAAGAUGGACUGAUCAGCUGUAAGGACCUCGGGAACCUGAUGAGGACGAUGGGCUACAUGCCUACUGAGAUGGAGCUAAUCGAACUGGGCCAGAAUAUCAACAUGAACCUGGGAGGCCGAGUGGACUUUGAGGACUUUGUGGAGCUGAUGGCGCCAAAACUCCUGGCUGAAACAGCCGGCAUGAUUGGCAUGAAGGAGCUGAGAGAUGCUUUCAAAGAGUUUGACAUGGACGGAGAUGGAGAGAUCACAACAGAAGAGCUGAGGCUAGCAAUGGCUAAGCUAAUGGGGGAAAACAUGAGCCGCCGAGAGAUCGACGCAGUGGUUAAAGAGGCGGAUAACAACGGCGACGGAACAGUAGACUUUGAAGAGUUUGUGAAAAUGAUGUCAAACUGCUGAGAGAGGAGUGUGAGGGGACACA